CUCGAUUCUGUCGAUUCGCGCGCGUGUAGUCGACAACACGCCUGCAAACAGCUCCGUGUCUAUGGUCAAACUUUGACAGCUCGCGCAUCUGGCGUUGUCGUAUUUAUACUCGAAUAAACAGAAGUUUCGUCAACUUUUAAUAAAAUAAAAUCAUAAAUCGGAAACUGCUGGGUUGAGGACGAGGACCAGCGUCCCCCAGUCGCGAGUGACAUUCGAUGUAACGGCACCCCAUCCCGUCCGAAAAUACCAUCGUCGAACAGGUGUCUCGAACGAAAUGUGUGCCAGUUCCCAGCGUAAUUAACUGACGGGGGGCGUGAAUAAUACAAAAGUGUAUCGAUCGCUGAGAUAAUCGGUCGCGGGGGACACGGCGUCUCUGCUAAACCGACUCGGUGGGCGCUCGCCCUCCGGUCAAGAACCAGAUAGGACGCUCGAACCGAGUACUGAACUGCCGGCGAUGUUCCACCGGAGAAGUGACACUACCUAGGGAAACAAGAGCAUCACACUGCGCGACCCUCAGUCGGGUGCGCGCUAUGCGGGCGGCAGCAAGGUGAAGGCAGCCGUGGCGAGCAUGCCGCACCAGUUCGGCGGGGCGGGCGCGGGCGCGGGUGCGCUGGCGGGCGGCGCCUCGCCGCCUGCGCAGCACGCGGCGCUAUUCCCGCGAUAUGGCGGCGCAGCAGGUCCUGGCGCCGGUGCCUAUCGUCCAGAAGAACGUCGUCUUACUCGUGAAGCCAUGGAACGCUAUCUCCGCGACCGUUCCGACAUGGUCGUAGUUAUCCUACACGCGAAGGUAGCUCAGAAAUCUUAUGGAAACGAGAAAAGGUUCUUCUGUCCGCCACCGUGUAUCUAUCUGUUUGGAGAUGGUUGGCGACUGCGGCGUGAGCGCAUGCUUCGAGAGGGAGAGACUGAGCAGGCAGCACAGCUGUGUGCAUUUAUUGGCAUUGGUAACUCUGACCAGGACAUGCAGCAGCUGGACCUCAACAAUGGCAAACAGUACUGUGCUGCCAAGACCCUGUACAUAUCUGAUUCUGAUAAGAGAAAGCAUUUUAUGCUGUCGGUGAAGAUGUUUUAUGGUAAUGGGCAUGACAUUGGUAUUUUUAAUAGCAAGAGGAUAAAAGUAAUAUCAAAGCCGUCAAAAAAGAAGCAAUCCCUAAAGAAUGCAGACUUGUGCAUUGCAAGUGGAACAAAGGUAGCUCUGUUUAAUAGGUUGAGGUCACAAACAGUAUCAACGAGGUAUCUGCAUGUGGAGAAUGGUAACUUCCAUGCGUCAUCCACACAAUGGGGAGCGUUCACAAUACACCUGCUGGAUGACAAUGAGAGUGAGUCUGAAGAGUUUGCUGUGAGAGAUGGAUAUGUUCACUAUGGAUCUACUGUGAAGCUAGUAUGCUCCGUAACAGGCAUGGCGCUACCCAGAUUAAUAAUUAGAAAGGUGGAUAAGCAAAUGGCCUUAUUAGAAGCAGAUGACCCAGUAUCCCAACUGCAUAAAUGUGCAUUUUAUAUGAAGGACACGGAACGCAUGUAUUUGUGUCUAUCACAAGAGAGAAUAAUACAAUUUCAAGCUACACCAUGCCCUAAGGAACCUAAUAAGGAGAUGAUCAAUGAUGGAGCUUGCUGGACCAUAAUAUCCACAGAUAAAGCUGAAUACCAAUUUUAUGAGGGCAUGGGACCUGUAAGGUCUCCCGUAACUCCAGUGCCGCUAGUCCACUCACUAAACCUCAAUGGUGGCGGUGACGUAGCAAUGUUGGAGUUGGCUGGUGAUAACUUCACGCCAUCUUUACAAGUGUGGUUCGGUGACGUCGAGGCGGAGACGAUGUACCGCUGUGCUGAGUCCAUGCUCUGCGUCGUACCUGACAUCUCACAGUUCCGAGGACAAUGGCUCUGGGUCCGACAGCCGACGCAGGUGCCGGUGUCGCUGGUGAGGAACGACGGCAUAAUAUACGCGACGGGUCUGACGUUCACGUACACGCCGGAGCCGGGCCCGCGGGCCGCGUGCGCGCCCGUGGACGACGUGAUGCGGCCGGACGCGGCGCCCGCCUGGCACCACGAGCACGGCGCGCACCGCCUGCCCGACAACACGCUGCAAUAGCCCAUGGACUGCAGGCUGGACGACGACAGCCUGCAGUUAUAAACUCACUCGUGGCAACUCUAAAACUGUGUUAUGUGACUCCAAAGAAGCGAGCCGUCUCGUACAACGGACAAGUGACUUUCGCACGAAAGACAUUUGGUGAGUGAUUCAAAGACAUACCUAAUGUAUAAUUUCGAUAGUGCCUAAUGUCUAUUCAUCAUAGCAUGAUCUCUGGCGAGGUUUGUGCUGCACACUGGAUGGACGGGUAAUAUUUUUGAAAAUUGUAUUUUAAGUCGUUCAAAUGAAAUGUAUGCUGUUAGAAAUGGCGUAAAUAUUUUAUUCGCGCAAGCAUGUUGCGUCAGUGACUCGACCUGCUUAUUGAGGCGGUGUCUCCAGGAGGGGGAAUGUACAAUAGAAAAUAUGUAGCUCAUUAGAUUGUGCAAUAUUUAACGAUUUUACUUUUGCGACUGAUUCCAUGAUGACAGAAGCGCACGUGGAUAUACGUACACUCGGUACACUGUACAGGUCUCUCUCGUGGAGAUGUGGCCCUAAUACUGGGUAUCAGAACUCUUUGAGAGCUAAGUUUAACAGAUCAUGUUACGGUCUAUAGAGUGUAGAAAGCUUUAUUAUUAAUGAAAGUGCCACUUUGCGAGGCGAUCGCUUUGCUUGAGAGCUUAGACCGCAAGGCGCCGCAGAAUACUAUGUCAACACGAACGACGUGUGCCUAAAUAUAUCGUAAAACUAUAUGUUUGUAUAUCUACGAGAUUAUUACACCAAAACUAUGAUUAAGGUUAAAAUUCAGCAAUAAAAGCAAGUUGUGACAAGAAAAUAUAAAAUAGAAGAAUUUGUGAUAAAUACUGAGUAGGCUCUACUGUGUUUUGAGACGUGACAAUUGAUUGGUUGCAGCUAUGGAAAUUAUUUUUAUGUUAUUUUUAAGGAUUUAUUUGAAAGUGUUACAAACUGGUAUAGGACUGAUAGACAAGUAGAGCUGUACGUAUGAAUAUGUAAUCUAUUCCGCUGUAUCAAUUAUUCCUGUUGUCACACGGUUAGCGGGUUGAAACUGGGCCAAUAACUCUUGUUAUAAAAUCAAUAACUGCGAUGUUACCUGCGAUACCUUUAUGUUCAUAAUAUCGCUGAUUAAUGGCUGUUUGUCUCAGAAGGUUUUUUUUAUUUCUUCUCCAUAAUAUUGACGAGGCCCACUUACUAUAACAUUCUGAGUAAAGUCGUACAUUGCUUUUGAAUGAAGUAGAAGAUUUUGCAUUUUAUAUUUACGCUGUGCGUGAAAAAAGAUUAGGAAGAAAAAAGAAGAUUAAAAAGAUUAAUCUUAUUUUUUGAACAAUUAAAUAAGAGUAAGGUCUGGCCUAAUUUGCCUAAAGUGAAGAUUUGAUGAGGUACAGUCAAUAGAAAUAUUUUUCUCACAUAUUGAUACUCAGGGGUUUUUGCGCUUAUUUCAACCAGUUAGCUAUAAGCACUGUCCACUACGUCGAUAUAUAUAGAAUAUUUUACUACCUUCUUAAUUCCUAGUCCUAAUAAUGAUUUCACAUUUCUUACCAAUUUUACUCGCCAUUAAAAACGCUUUUGGUAUGCACAACUAGUUUUAAAUUACUCGCAAUAAUUGCCAACAGAGCUCGUCGAAGCAUUGUUUGUAAAAUGUUCUGAUAGGUAAACAGGGAGGUAGUUCCUACUCCGGCAUUUAAUAUACACCAAUAUUAAUAGUUCGUUCAUUGUCAUCGUCAUAUAAAGAGAUCUCUCUGCUCUUAGAUUUGUUUCUUUGGGGCCAAAUAGUUGUAAUAUCCAUGACAAGUCAUUGCGUUUAUACUAUAAUACUAUUCUAACUUUAUAUAAGUUUACGUUUGUUUGGGUAAAGGAAAAUGAACUCUACGAGAUUUAUUUUAAGAGUGAUUUUAAUGUAAUUGGUUUGUAUAAAUUAAGUAGAUAUCCUAGAUGAUUAGUUAGUUACAAAUUGAGUUAGAAAAGAGCCAAAUAAGUCCUUUUAUCUCAGAAUACUUGGUGAAGUAUUUGUUUCUUUACAUUGCUUUAGUUGUUUACGUACCGACUAUGUUUGCUUCUGUGCCCGCAAGUCAAUCGGUCUCAAUGUGUAUGCACAAUUUAUCUAAUCAACUACACUUGGUUGACGAUUAUAAUAAAAUUCAUUAAAGACACCGAGUGUGUCGUUGUACGUAUGUAUAUUUACGGAGAUUUUAAACGAACAAUACAUGUAGUUUUAGCUAGCAUUAGUCCAUAGCACUGCAUGAGCUCUGCACAUCGGACGCGAUGCGACGCGAGUCGGACACAGAUUAUUUUAUUAUUUGUUGUGUAAAACUCUUCGCACACACGAUGUCCUCGUCACGUGCACGUCGCGCUCGAUGUGCAGACCUCGCAAAUAAUUAAAUGAUAACAAAAUGAAAUUAUAAAUUUUACAAAUUCUAUUUAUUUUAUGCCAAUAUAAUUUCUUUCGAGAAAUGUAUUGUUUUUUGAAAACGGAUUUGAUGUGUAUUUUUAAUAAAAACGUGUGAUUUCGAACAUUCCAUGUGGAAAGUGUAAUAAGAAGUACAAAAAAUAUCAAUAUUUUUGUAGCAAAACAUUGAAUUACGAUAUAAUCUUAUGGAAUUGGUAAAGUUACAGUAUUACAAGGAAAUUAGUAUUAAACGCGAUGAAUAGACAGUAAUAAUGUCGUCAAUUUUGUAAAACGAUAAGUAAAUGAUUUGUCAUUUAAAAACUGUUUACUCCUUUUUAUCAUUUUACAUUUGGUAUUUCUAUAUUUGGAAAUGGUCAUAUUUAAGCGGUUACUGCUCGGAUGCGACAUUGCGAGCCGGGUGUACAAACUGUACAAAGCGUGUACAACAAAUGAUAAAGGAGCAGUGAUUCUGAAAUAUGAAUAAAUAUUUUUUAAUAAAAACUGAAUUUAAUUAA